AUGCACCCUCACAGCCCCAAUGCACCCUCACAGCCCCAAUGCACCCAGCACAGCCCCAAUGCACCCAGCACAGCCCCAAUGCACCCUCACAGCCCCAAUGCACCCUCACAGCCCCAAUGCACCCUCACAGCCCCAAUGCACCCUCACAGCCCCAAUGCACCCUCACAGCCCCAAUGCACCCUCACAGCCCCAAUGCACCCUCACAGCCCCAAUGCACCCUCACAGCCCCAAUGCACCCAGCACAGCCCCAAUGCACCCUCACAGCCCCAAUGCACCCUCACAGCCCCAAUGCACCCAGCACAGCCCCAAUGCACCCUCACAGCCCCAAUGCACCCAGCGCAGCCCCAAUGCACCCAGCACAGCCCCAAUGCACCCUCACAGCCCCAAUGCACCCAGCACAGCCCCAAUGCACCCUCACAGCCCCAAUGCACCCAGCGCAGCCCCAAUGCACCCAGCACAGCCCCAAUGCACCCUCACAGCCCCAAUGCACCCAGCGCAGCCCCAAUGCACCCAGCACAGCCCCAAUGCACCCUCACAGCCCCAAUGCACCCAGCGCAGCCCCAAUGCACCCAGCACAGCCCCAAUGCACCCUCACAGCCCCAAUGCACCCAGAACAGCCCCAAUGCACCCAGCACAGCCCUAAUGCACCCUCACAGCCCCAAUGCACCCUCACAGCCCCAAUGCACCCUCACAGCCCCAAUGCACCCAGUACAGCCCCAAUGCACCCUCACAGCCCCAAUGCACCCAGCACAGCCCCAAUGCACCCUCACAGCCCCAAUGCACCCUCACAGCCCCAAUGCACCCUCACAGCCCCAAUGCACCCUCACAGCCCCAAUGCACCCAGCACAGCCCCAAUGCACCCUCACAGCCCCAAUGCACCCUCACAGCCCCAAUGCACCCAGCACAGCCCCAAUGCACCCUCACAGCCCCAAUGCACCCAGCGCAGCCCCAAUGCACCCAGCACAGCCCCAAUGCACCCUCACAACCCCAAUGCACCCUCACAGCCCCAAUGCACCCAGCGCAGCCCCAAUGCACCCAGCACAGCCCCAAUGCACCCUCACAGCCCCAAUGCACCCAGAACAGCCCCAAUGCACCCAGCACAGCCCUAAUGCACCCUCACAGCCCCAAUGCACCCUCACAGCCCCAAUGCACCCCUCACAGCCCCAAUGCACCCAGUACAGCCCCAAUGCACCCUCACAGCCCCAAUGCACCCAGCACAGCCCCAAUGCACCCUCACAGCCCCAAUGCACCCUCACAGCCCCAAUGCACCCUCACAGCCCCAAUGCACCCUCACAGCCCCAAUGCACCCAGCACAGCCCCAAUGCACCCUCACAGCCCCAAUGCACCCUCACAGCCCCAAUGCACCCAGCACAGCCCCAAUGCACCCUCACAGCCCCAAUGCACCCAGCGCAGCCCCAAUGCACCCAGCACAGCCCCAAUGCACCCUCACAGCCCCAAUGCACCCAGCGCAGCCCCAAUGCACCCAGCACAGCCCCAAUGCACCCUCACAGCCCCAAUGCACCCAGCGCAGUCCCAAUGCACCCAGCACAGCCCCAAUGCACCCUCACAGCCCCAAUGCACCCAGAACAGCCCCAAUGCACCCAGCACAGCCCUAAUGCACCCUCACAGCCCCAAUGCACCCUCACAGCCCCAAUGCACCCUCACAGCCCCAAUGCACCCAGUACAGCCCCAAUGCACCCUCACAGCCAGUCCGACAGAGCUUGCAGAGCUAUAGUGCUGCUGUUGUGGUGGAGUCAACAGCUGCUCCCUCGCCGUGACAAGACCACAUCAUUAAAAACUGCUCCUCGCCACAUCCUAAAGAGAAGUGAAGACUGGAGCUUCUGA